CAAUUAGUAAAUCACAUGCCCAAGAUCUUGGAAUAACCUAGCCCUAUUUCCGCUUGUAUUUAUACCGUUUGUCUUUGGUGCAUCAAUCUCUUUCUACCGCUCAUAUCUCAGCCGACGGUCGUACGCAGUCUUCACCACGCCGUUCGUCCAACAUACCGAGUUUUAAUUAAUUGAUUAGGUAAGCAGAGGUCGAAGCAACUUCAAUGGCUCCGAAAGGUGAUGUUACUAAAAAGGCUGACCCAAAGGUACAAGCUGCAAAGGUCGCCAAGGCCGUGAAAGGAGGGACUACCUUCAAGAAGAAGGGAAAGAAAAUCCGCACCAAAGUCACCUUCCACAGACCAAGGACAUUUAAAAAGGAAAGGAACCCUAAAUACCCCCGGAUUAGUGCCACUCCUAGGUGCAAGCUAGACCAUUUCCAAAUUCUUAAAUAUCCUUUGACAACAGAGUCUGCAAUGAAGAAGAUUGAGGAUAACAACACUCUUGUUUUCAUUGUUGAUAUCCGUGCUGACAAGAAGAAAAUUAAGAAUGCGGUCAAGAAAAUGUAUGAAAUUGAGACCAAGAAGGUCAACACUUUAAUCAGGCCUGAUGGUACGAAGAAAGCAUAUGUCCGAUUGACUGCUGAUUUUGACGCAUUGGAUGUUGCAAACAAGAUUGGAAUCAUCUAAACCUAAAACUGUAAUCUGUUGCAGCCCCAAUUCUGAAAUUGAAAGUUUUGUUACUUGCGUUGGAGUUGGUAGCUUGAAAAUUGCCCCUGUAGCAUUUCAGAGGCGUUUGAUCUGUUUUUUUGCCAUUUCUGAAAUUCGAUUUGGUAGUGUCAUGUUAUUCUGGAGAUUAUGAACUUAAAUUGGUGCAUUUUAUUUAAUCUUCAUUUACUUUUCACAAAUAUAUGUGCUUUGGUGUACUAGCAAGGAAUUUGAAAAAGCACUUCUCAGCUUUUAACUUAAAACUG